UUGGAAUAUUCGCAUAGAAUCCGCUUGUGGCCGAAGACGACAAAAAAUGGUACAUGAGAGCAAGUUUGGUUAAGGCGAUUGGCUCGCAGCGCCUCGACCAAUGGUUCAAUAUCCGCCCCCUUCACAUGGAGCGAUCACAGCCGCCGCCGCCAAUUCCAUGGCGUCCAUUCGCCAUUUUCCAAUGCUCUCAAAUUCCAACCCCAAAUUUAGUUUCUCUAUCGAUCCGCGCGCUCCUUACCGCGCGCGGUCUUUAACGACUCUGUUUCGGUUGCCUCUGUAAUGGCGGUGAAUAAUAUUAUAUAUCCUCAUUGUUUAUUCCGUUUUUCCCUUUUUAUUAAAGUGUCAAACCGAUUUGCUUUCGCUACACGACUCUCUUCGCUUCCUUCUUCUCUGAGAGCCUCUUCGCGAUCUUCUUCUUCCUCUAUUCUUUGCUCUUUUUCUCGCUCUUCGGAUAUGGACAGUUCGGCGGGCCUAGGUUUGUAUCCAUCGCACCGUACUAAAACUAUUCAUUUGGUGAGGCAUGCCCAGGGAUUUCAUAAUGUGGCAGGAGAAAAGGACGUGAACGAAUAUCUAUCUUUUGAUUACUUUGAUGCUCAACUUACUUCAUUAGGAUGGAAACAGGUUGACAAUUUGCGGAAACAUGUACAAUCAUGUGGACUUUCCAAGAGAAUUGAGUUAGUCAUCACAUCACCAUUGUUCAGGACUAUGGAAACCGCAGUUGGAGCAUUCGGUGGUGAAGGUUACUCGGAUGGUAUAAAUGUUCCUCCAUUAAUGAUAGCAAAUGCAGGAGAUUGCAACCGCCCAGCAAUUUCAAGUUUGAAUUGCCCACCAUUUUUGGCGGUAGAGCUUUGUCGGGAACAUUUGGGCGUUCAUCCAUGUGACAAGAGGCGAAGUAUUAACGAGUACCGGUCUCUUUUCCCUGCUAUUGAUUUUUCACUGAUUGAACACGAUGAAGAUAUCCUGUGGAAGCCUGACAUCAGAGAAACCAACGCUGAAGUUGCAGAAAGGGGAAUGAAAUUUCUUAAAUGGCUCUGGACCAGGAAGGAGAAGGAGAUUGCAGUUGUUAGCCACAGCGGAUUCUUAUUUCAUGCAUUGAGUGCAUUUGGAAAGGACUGCCAUCCAUCUAUAAAGGAUGAAAUCUGCAAACAUUUUGCCAAUUGUGAGCUACGUUCCUUUGUUCUUGUUGAUAGGAGCAUGAUUGGGUCAGAAUCCUCGGCGACCAAUUUUCCGGGCGGAGUACCAAAAGGAGUUGAUCUUCCUAGUGAUGUUGCAGCUGACAAGCUUCCGGAGAAGGGAUUUUCAAUUGAUCAAGAUGUGGUUUGAAGAAGAAGAUAUCGCAUUGCAUCAUUUCUAGAAACAAAGACUUAUCGUUUUUUUUUCUUUCUCCCUAGGGGAGAGCUUUGUUGCUAUAACAAAGUUUCUCGUAAUUAUUCAUGAAUUUCUUUUACUCACAUCAUUUAGGAGAACCGUUGUCUAUGGAGAUUGUUAAAGCCUCUUUAUGCAAAAUGGUUUAGAGGUACAUGUUUUUGUCUGUAUCUCAUCCAUUAGUUGCAUUGCAGCCCAACUUUUAUACCAUUUGUUAUAUGAUAAUAUGAAGAAUCCUUUUUCUAUCGGAGUACUCAA